GUCUUAUUCACUGAGUAAAAUAAUACCGAAACACAUAUCGAUUACAAAAUAGUAAAUACAGCUGAUCUGCCGUUAGAUUUUUUUAUAAUACGUGAAAUGGAAGUAAAACAAAAACUGUUGAACGCGACGUGCACUUAUGAUGAUAAACUCAAGAUCUGGAGUGGUCGUAAAGCACAGAGCUUAUUCUCGCCAGAUCUGUCCAUCGGAGAGAUUAUCUUUGGGGAAAUGGUAAACCAUCCGAAGCUCAUUGCCCAGAUCUCGAUCACGGAGGACACUGUACUGACCCGUGAAGAACUUCAUAUGAAUGCGAUGCGUGUGGCAAGUUAUAUGAGGAAUAUGGGCUUGGGGCAAACGGAUAUAGUGGGUGUCAUGGGCAGACACACGACUCACUUAUCAGCUGUGGCAUAUGCAUGUUUCUUCAACGGAACCCCCUUCCACGCCCUUCACAAUGCCUACGAAGAGGCAUGCAUCGCUAAACUUUUUGGACUCACGAAACCCCGUUUGAUUUUCUGCGAUGGUGAUGAGUACGAAAAGGUUAAGUCAGCAACCAAGGACCUUCAGGUAACGAUAGUCACCAUGCGGAAUCAUCCGAGGGGAUCAGUGAGGAUCCAGGAGGUUCUGACCACUCCAGUGAUGCAGAACUUUCAACCAGUUCGUCUCAAAGAUGGCAUCGAUCACACUCUGGCCAUUCUCAGUUCUUCCGGCACCUCCGGUUUUCCAAAGGCAGUUACCAUCAGCAAUAGUCACAAGAUCAUUGUGGACUACAUGGCAAUUAAUAACUCCAAUAUUCAGUAUACGUCGAGCACCCUGGACUGGUUCUCGGGUCUUCUGAUGGCCAUCAUCUCUGGUGUGUUCAGUACCACUAGUAUUAUUGCGGACUGUGACUUUAAUCCUGGUCUAUUUUGUCGCGCCAUUGGAAAGUAUAGGAUCUCGAUGGUGCUUUUAAGUAGCUCCUACCUAGCCAUGUUUGCCAACAGCCCAGAGUUCCAAUCGGCUGAUCUAUCUUCAUUAAAAUACGUGUUUUUUGGAGGAUCAAGCUGUUCUCUAGAAGUUCAGCGUAAAGUUCGUAGCCGUCUUAGCCACGAUUGCCUAAAUUUUUGCUACGGCCUAACUGAGCUCAACAGUGCGGGCAGCGUUAACGUAAAUUUCGAUGAGAAACCCAAUUCAGUGGGUCGUCCGAUUAGGGGUAUACAAAUUAAGAUAUUAGACGAGCAGGGUGAAGCUCAAGGACCCAAUGUCGUGGGAGAGAUAUGCUUCAACAAUGGUCAAAAAUGGUUGGGUUACUACCAAAAUCCCGAUGAAACCAGGAAAAUUCAAGACUCUGAGAACUGGAUUCACACAGGGGACCUGGGCUAUGUGGAUGAGGAUGGAUAUCUAUUUGUUAUCGAUCGCCUAAAGGAUAUGCUGAAGUAUCAGAACAUAAUGUAUUAUCCCAGUGAGAUUGAGAAUGUCAUCGCCGAAAUGCCGAAUGUGCUCGAGGCUUGUGUGUUUGGCAUUUGGGAUCCGGUAAAUGGAGAUGAAGCAGCAGCAUCGGUGGUCAAGAAACCGGGUACCCAACUGGAAGCCCAGGAUGUAGUGGACUUCGUAAGGAAGCGCAUAACUGCCAAGUUUAAGCAGCUAAACGGUGGAGCUUUAAUUGUAGAUCAAAUUGUGGGAUGUGGUAACAGAAAAACCAACAGAUCGGCUGUGAAAGAACACUUUAUAAAUAAUUAUAACAAUAACUAGUAGUAUGAACUAUUUUCGGCCAUAUAUUUAUGAGAAUAGGAAUGUGAAGUAAGCAUACACAAUAAAAUCUAAACUAGUACCUCUUCUA